AUGUCUAACUCGAACGCAGCUAGGAAUGAAAUGUUGGAGGAUAUUGUGAAUAGAAACAACCUGGGUGACAAAAAGUUUCACUCGGAAACCUCCUUGGAGAAAUUUAGUGAGGAAAACCAAGGAGACAUAACGGAUAACACAAACGAUCCUGGAGUACACAAUUCUUCGGUGAAUGCCACGUCAGCUCAAGAUGAAGAUAUUCCUGAACGUCGGCGGACAAUGUCCCAGCCGGGACCUAGUGCUGGCAACUUGAUGACAGCUGCCGCUGGUCGCCGACGCCGACCUCCACGCAGUGUCAUGUACGCUGAUCUUGAAAGAACGGACUCCCAGGACAGAUUGCCGAAGCUCAUUAUUCCUAACCGUGAAGAUUAUUCGUAUCCAUCUACCCCGAUGACUGAAAACACACCGAGCAGUGGCAUUUACAGAAAUGGAGAUUUAAAAUCUAUGAAUAAUUAUCGUCUACAAACUCCAAUCGAACUGCGCGGCGGAAUGACUCCGCGUAAGCGAUCAGUGGUCACUAUGGACGCGCAAUCCAUUCGCUCCGUGGAAACUCAUGCACCGCCACCGACAAGUCCUGAGGAAAACGCUCGACUUACGAGCAAAUACUUCACGUUGAUACUGAGCUGUAUGUACGCAGUGUUGUUGGUGACUCUUGGACUGAUAUUUUACGUAUCAGACAUAUUUAUCGACAUUCCACUAUCACCGAUUUUCUCAAUCACGUUACUAUCUAUUGGAUUUAUAUAUCAAUUAUUUUUAUUAAUUGACAUUAAUAGAUACAAGUCGAAGGCUCUUAAGAACGAAAGAAUCAAAGGUCUUCAUAGUAAAAAGAUACAAGAGUUCUUCAGGAAGCAAGAGGACGAGUACGGCUACAACAUUCCGGGCGAUCGCACACCACAAAGUACUAUAUCUCAAGUGAUUCCUCCCGCAUUAUUAAUCCCUCUCAAACACAACUACUGUUUCAGUCAUGGACGACACUCGGGCAGCUUUUAUCUUAAACUAGGAGCUGCUGGUUUCGCGUUAGGUCACUUAAUACACUCAGUCUUGCUAAUAGCCGCACAAAUUAGCUAUUACUUCGACGAUAAUAUCAGUAAUCAAGACUGCAUCGAUAUUAUGCAAGUGAUUCUCGAUGUGGCCAAUCCACUUUACUGUUUUCUACAACUAUACUUCAUAUUUAAAUAUUCAAAUGUUCAUGUAAUGAAAGCGCAGAGCCUAGCCCACUUCGGCUUCAUGCAUAUGAUUGGAAGUAGUCUCUGCUUUUGGAUAUCGACGAUUGUCCGCGAAACCGUUCUAGCCUUAACUAUAUACGCAGGCACUAAGUAUGGUAAUCGAACAACGGAAAAUGAAACAUCACUCCUCCUAAAUGAGCAACAUCAAUCACCACUGUGGGAUAUAAGUGAUCUUUACAAUGAAAAAUGUCAAGGAGCGCCCGCUAUAACAUCUAUAACGGAAAAUUUUUCGCCUUACUUGUAUCCCUUUGGCGUUGAAUUUAAUAUUCUCAUUGUGGCCGUUUACUACAUAAUCUGGAGUCAUAUUGGAACUUGUUCAAACGAAGACUCCGACAGUACAUCGAGCUUAGAAGAUAAUAAUACUGUAUGCAAAAUUCCCACAGCGAGUGAAGAAAAUGAUUAUACGAGCAACAUCGUUAUCUACGCGGACUGCCACGCUUCCAACAAAGGUCUCUUUCUAGGCAUCGUAUUGACUGUCAUCACUUCUGGAGUACUGAUUCUUGGAUUCGUCUUCAGCAGUGUAGGCGGCGACUUCUUGGAACUGGGUUACAUGCUCAAUGCCUGCACAAAGUUAGGGCUACACUUAGUUAUGCUUUUCGCGGUGGUCAUCGCCUACAACCAGACGAGAAAGUUGGACAUCAAUGAACAUCCGAUUUCACUCUUGGAUGACAUUCUGCUUUUCAUAUGUCUCCCAGCUUUCUUUAUGGAAACUGUAUUCUCGAUGGUGGCCACUAUUAAUAUUUUGAACAUCGUGAAGUCGAUUGACGUUAUUGUAAUGGUUGUUCAAGUCAUCUUCCAAACCGCGUUGUUAGUUGACGGUCUACGACGUUGCAGUAACAGCCGGAAGCUGAGACGAAACAAGCCCGGACGCGAAGUGCUCAUGUUCCUCCUAAUCGCUAAUGUAUCCAUGUGGCUUUUUAAUACUUUCUCGUACAAGUCACCAGAAAGCCUCGAUGAGAGAUACGAAUUCUACGGCAAGAUUCUCUGGAGUAUCCUGGGACAUAUAAGCUUACCUCUCAUUAUGUUCUAUAGAUUUCACUCCAGCGUCUGCUUUGCUGAUAUUUGGAAUGCAGCUUAUAAACCUGGUUCUGAUCACUGAUAGAAUUUCUAUUUAUUUGUUGAUAAUUUUAUAGGUUCGAUUAAGUAAGAUACAAAAAACUGAUUACCUCAUUUUUUUCAUAUACUCUUGUCAGACUUUUUUAAAGCAGUUUAUAAUAAUGCAAAUUUACAGAUGUAGUCGUCAUUCCCUACAAACGUAAAGAUGUAAAGAAAAUAUAA